AUGGUGCUAUCACAUAGGCUUGCGGUUUCUGGUACCAGUCAUUUGCCUCUAAAAGGACUGCUGGGCGUCCAAGGUGUUAGUUCAAUUCGAUAUCUGUCGGUGAACUCUGCUAUCACAACGGGGAUCAGAAAGGGUCGUGAAUUCAGGGAGCCUAAGAGGAGAAGAGCGCCAUGGGACCGUCGUGGAAAAGUGUCACCCAAGUUUCAAAGAACGGAAAAAGAGAGUCACGGCAACGACGUCCCCGCUGAAAGCAGAAGGCCUCCUGUUUGGAAUCGAGAUGGUGCACAUGAUACUUACGGAACAAACAGCACGGUACCUGGUCGUACAGACCAACUCUCCAGAGACAGGCCAAAUGGCAAAGGAUUCGACUGGGCUCCUAGGAGGAAACCACCCACAUAUAUAGAUAAUGUGGGUCUGAGGAAGCUCGAAGCUCGCGGUGUGUUGAGUGAAAGACAGCAAAUGGGAGGAUAUGCAAAAACUGAGGACGAGGUGAAAGAUGUACACCACCCUUUGUCGAGUAAAAUCUACCUCGUGCCGCCUCCACAGAUACCGUACGCUUCGCCUGUCUCGGAAUUCAUCUACGGAACAUCUGCAGUUAACGCUGCAGUAAGAUAUCGCUCGGGGGAACCAAAGUGGGAACAGCCUGAGGUACGGUCCAUUGCCAAAUACGCAAGCCUAGCGGGAGCGCAGGUUAAACACGUAACUGGGCCGUGGAAGAAUACCUUGGAUAAAAUGACCGGCAAGCGGCCUCAUAAUGGCAUGGUUCUAGAAGCAUCACCGCUUCCAAAACCUCCGGUCUUGAAUUUCCAGACGGUAGUUUCCAUGUCCAACUCGCAUUUCCUAGCACAAUUAGCGCCUCAGCCUGAUGAACAAGCAGCCGUCAACGGUACAGAUGGCUAUAUUCCAUUCGAAGCUCGGCGUAAAGGUGCCAAAGCAUCCCGAUAUCCCUUCACGCUACUUCUUGAUGGAAUCCUCGACCCGGGAAAUCUUGGUGCCAUUUUUCGAAGUGCCCACUGGUUUGGCGCAGAUGCAAUUGCUUUUUCUCCCCUGAAUUCAGCACCUAUAUCACCAGUUGUCAUGAAAGCUGCCGCAGGCGCAACUGAAACUGUUCCUACACUUGCAAUUCGUGACGUGACCACUUUUAUAACCGCCUCUCAAGCGAAUGGCUGGAAAUUCUUCGCUGCAGAUGCUCCUGAGGCAACACUCACUAAUGAUUACACCCGGAAAAUCCCCGUCGUUAAAUCCUUGAGUUCACUAUCCACUGAGCUAACGAAAGCUCCCUGUGUUCUAAUGUUAGGGGGCGAAGGGUCGGGCCUGCAGCAAAAGAUAAAGAACAGGGCUGAUGCAUUUGUCACAAUCCCUGGGGCCUACUCAGAUAACAUCUGCGAUGAUAUUGCUGGAGUUUCUAGCUUGAACGUGAGCGUAGCCUCUGCUCUAUUAUGCGAAGCUUUUCUCUCACGCCCUCCUUCAGGGGCCACUGAAGCACAAGUUUCAUCAGACGCUGCUGCUGGAGAUAUGAAUCGUAUCUUCUAA